UUACAGAAAAAAGAACACCGUGCAAAUCAAAAACAAAACCUCAUUCCAAGAUUUUAGGAACCAAACAUAGACACUAUCCGUUUCAUUUCACAACUUAUCGCCGUUCCUCCGGUAACCAACCACCACCGCCGCCGUCAACCACCGCCCCAAGUGAAAAUGAAGAAAAUGAUAGCAAUAGGGUUUGAAGGUUCAGCAAACAAAAUAGGUGUUGGAAUAGUAACAUUAGAUGGAACAAUUCUUUCAAAUCCAAGACAUACAUAUAUAACACCACCUGGUCAAGGUUUUUUACCUAGAGAAACAGCACAACAUCAUCUUCAACACAUUAUUCCACUUGUCAAAUCAGCUUUGGAAACAGCACAGGUUACUCCACAAGAUAUUGAUUGCAUUUGUUACACCAAAGGUCCUGGAAUGGGAGCUCCAUUACAAGUUUCGGCUAUUGUUGUUCGCGUUCUUUCGCAGCUUUGGAAGAAACCUAUCGUUGGUGUUAAUCAUUGUGUGGCUCAUAUUGAAAUGGGUAGGAUUGUAACAGGUGCUGAUGAUCCUGUUGUUUUGUAUGUUAGUGGUGGGAAUACUCAAGUUAUUGCUUAUAGUGAAGGAAGGUAUCGAAUUUUUGGUGAGACUAUUGAUAUUGCUGUUGGGAAUUGUUUGGAUCGGUUUGCUAGGGUUUUGACACUUUCUAAUGAUCCUAGUCCUGGAUAUAAUAUUGAGCAGCUUGCGAAGAAAGGAGAGAAAUUUAUAGACCUUCCUUAUGUAGUCAAAGGAAUGGAUGUAUCUUUUAGCGGAAUAUUGAGCUUUAUUGAAGCAACUGCUAAUGAAAAGCUAAAGAAUAAUGAGUGCACGCCUGCAGACUUAUGCUACUCUCUGCAGGAGACACUAUUUGCCAUGCUGGUGGAGAUAACUGAGCGAGCCAUGGCUCAUUGUGAUACCAAAGAUGUUCUUAUAGUUGGAGGUGUAGGUUGCAACGAACGCUUGCAAGAGAUGAUGAGAACAAUGUGCUCUGAACGUGGCGGAAGGUUGUUUGCAACUGAUGAUAGGUACUGCAUUGAUAAUGGUGCUAUGAUAGCUUAUACCGGUCUCCUUGAAUUUGCUCAUGGUGCGUCGACUGCACUGGAAGAUUCUACAUUCACCCAGCGGUUCCGGACAGAUGAAGUCAAAGCAAUCUGGAGAGAAGCAAAUUUGGCAAAAGCAAAUAGUCUUGCAGACAAAAGCAUUUGAUUUUUCAAUCUUGAGGUCUGAGUACUCAACUGUGUUCGAGAGAUGUGAACGAAAAGACCACAGGACAAACUAAUUGAUAUCCAAACCAGUCAUCUUCAUGUUUAUGUCUGUAUUGUGAUACUCAAGUACCAUUAAAUUAGCGUUAUAAAUUUAUGUAUCAAGAAACUCUUCAUCUUGUUUGAUAUUUUGUAGAGUUAUGUGGUACAGAAAUGGCAUCCGCGCCAAAGAUAUACCAGGUUCCGUGGUUUCAAAUCAACGGCACUUGCCUUGUACCUAAGGUCCUGGCAUGAUUGUUAACAACUCCAUUUCUCCUCUUGUAGGGUAUGCAUUUGGUUAGGAUUAUCCAUGUGAUAUAUGGAAUUAUGUUAGUAAUGAUAUUUUAGGACUUUGAUUAUGUCUAUGUUUGGUAUUACGGUGGGUAUGUCAGAAUCACGGUGACCUACUGUGAUUUUCCAAAAUCUACACUAAUUACCGUGAUUCUGACGUACUAACAGUGAUACCAAACAUAUAUUAUAUAUUUGAUGUGAUAUCCAUGUAUGGUUGACAUCCUCUAUUCUACCGCUGUCUUAUCAAAGGCUGUUUGUAUCCAACCUUAUGCUCUCUCCUAUUGCUUA